AAAAUUACCAGAUGUUACCACCCGGCUUCCAAAGAAAAGGAAACCGCAUGUGAUACUGUACUCCGUACCCAAUUUCGAAACACAAGAUAGUCUAACACAUUGCAUAUACAACCAGAACGACCUUAUAAACGAAACAUUCUCUGAGGAAGAAUUCAACAACCAGUUUUGUGUCAAAUUUGCCACAGGGAAGAGAGAUGCCCAAUACAAAAAUCGUGUUAUAGAAGUGUCACCAAAGCUUCGUAAGUGUCUACUCAUGAUAGGAAAGAUUAACAUUGAAUGGUCCCGCUGCAGAGUGGGUGACUUUUGCCCAGUUCUGCAGUGCUUCCGCUGUUGUGGCUAUGGACACUCUUCCAAAGAGUGUUCCCAAACGAAGAAUACAUGCAGCCACUGCAAUCAGGAACACACAUUCAAGGAGUGCCCCAAUAAAAACCAGAAGCCAACAUGCUGCAACUGCAACCAUGAUAAGUUAAAAAACACUGAUCACAAUGCAAGAGACAGCUCCUGCCCAGUAUACCAGCGAACAAGAUUGAACAUUAUCUCAAGGACUGACUAUGGAUCAGAGUAGCCAUAAACAUAUUAGUUUCCUGCAGGUCAACUUGGGCAGAGGCAUUGAUGCCACUUCCCUUCUUGCUGCUAAAAUCAAUAACUAUGACUUUAUCUUCAUACAAGAACCGUACUGCCAAAGGAACAUCCCUGCCUGCCUUCCCACCUCUUCAACAAUUGUCAAGGGUACUGAGGACUACCCUUGGGCUAUCACUGUCGUAAACAACAAAAACUUCCCGAUUCUCCUUCAUAAACAACACAGCAGCGAACACAUCGUAUGCAUCGAAACCAUCAUCAAUAAUAACAGUCUUAUCAUUAUCAAUGUAUACUGCCCUUACAAUAACAAUAUUCAUAGCUUUCUGGACCAUCUUCAAGACACCAUAAACAAUCUUCAAAACAACAACCUUCUUCUCGUCGGAGACUUUAACUCACACUCCCCUGCCUGGGGGGGUGACCGCCAGGAUAACAGAGGCGAUGCCUUGGAAAACUUUCUAGCCACUAACAAUCUGAUUCUUGUCAACGAUCCAUUCUCCCCACCAACUUUUUUUAGCUCCAGAGGUCAAAGCUGGAUAGAUAUCACCACUGCUUCUCUCGACCGCUCUAAUCUCAUUACAAACUGGAAGGUCCUCCAGGAUGUUUCGCUUAGUGAGCACGCUUACCUGCACUUUGAAAUGACCACCUCAACCAACAUCAGAGACAUCGACCCUUCGCUGCGUUACAACCUGUCUUGUGCCGACUGGGAAGGCUUCACUCACUUCCUCCAAACCAAGUUAACCAUUUAUAACCCCUUGGACUUGGAAGAUGCCCACAAUUUUAUUAACAACUCCAUCAAUAACAUAACUACUGCCUGCAAUCUUUUUAUCCCACGUACUUCCCUCCAUCGUAAGACCGUUCCCUGGUGGAAUACUGAUCUCACUGGCAUGCGAAACCACGUCAGGCACCUACGCAAGUCUUUUCAACGAUGCAGGAGAUUCUCACAUAUCGAAUGCGCUUUCAAAAAAUUUACCGAAGUCAAAUUGAUCAAAUAG